AUGGCUUUUUACUUUAUCUUCCAAGCAUCGAUGAACAUGUGGUUAUGCAUGAGGUGGGCUAUUACGGCUGCCGAGCGUGCUAAAAAGGCUUAUGAAGAAAGGCGUGCCAAGGUUGCCGAGGCAGGCAAGGCACUCCAGGACCACGCUCAUCUUCUCAAGGACAAACAAGCUGCCGAACGCCAGGUUAAAGCUUCAGAGGCUAAGUUGGCCGAGAUGAGGGUGGUUUUGGAUGCUGCGGUGGGGGCAGCGAAGGAUGUCGAGGCAGUAAAAGAAGCCGUGCAGGUGGCGCUGGAGGAGUCCGAGAGGGCUAAGGCAGCAGAAAUCGAUACUACUGUUCAGGAGGUGAUCAAAAGCUACCAUUUGUCAAAAGAGUUCACUGUAUUGCUAGACAAAGAAGUGGGUUCGGAUAUGGCGGAUCUGCUUUACCGAUUCAAGCGGUACAACCCCAAGCAGAAACUAAACCUCAACUUUAUUACCGACCCUCCUCCUCUGCCGGAAGGCAUCACCAAGGAGAUGAUCGAAGAUUAUGAGGGGGAGGACGCUCCAGAAGAAGUCUUUGCUGCCGAAGAACCUCAUGCCAAUACCACUGCUGAGCCUACUGAGACUGUUGGUGUGGAGGCUACCGUCUAA